UCGCUGUGGAGUAGUUUUCACUUUUUUGCGCGUGUGAGCCCAAAUCCAAAAUCAAAACUUUAAAACCAACAAAAACUCUGAAAUCUUCAGUGUAUAUUCUCGCACCUUUCGCUCUACACUACACCACAACAACAACCAACAAAUAGCAAUAAUUACAAGAUCCGCCACAACAACAACAACAGCAAAACAAUCUCCAAUAACAUCUAAACGAUCAAAUACAAAAAAAAGUAUACAAAAAUUCGCAAAACAAAAAGCAACUAAAUAAAAUAAAACCUGCAACAAAAACUCUAAAACUCUGAACAGAAAAAAACCAUCACUUCAUCUCCUACUUGAACGACUCUCUGACUCGACACUCGAUUGAAAACAAAGCAAACAUAAAACAGAGCUCAUAUCCAAUCCAUACACACCAACCACCACACAUCCUGUGCAAAGAGUCCUCCCGUCACACCCCAAAAGCCUGCCCAAAAGCCUCAAGAAAUUACCAAAAAUCAAAAGAAACGAAACAAUUACAAAUAAUCGACAAAUAAUCAAACAACUAAUCGUAACGGGCCAAGAAAAUUAUUGAAACAAACAACAACCAAAAAAGAAAAGUGCAAAAAAGGAAAAAACCAUAAAACAAAAACAAAAACAAACAGAAGCAGCAGCAGAAAUAUUUUAAUCAACAUUUGUUGCCAAUAAAAUCUGUCAUCAUUGCCGCGUUAACAGAAACCACGGCGUCAGCAGCGAUUGCAGCGCUAAGUAUCAGCAGCAGCUCUCAAGCAUCGCUGGCCGUUAACGCCGCCAAUUCUAAUACCAACACACCUAUAACCACCGGACCGCCGGUGGCACCUCCAUCAGCGUCUGCGUCAGCGUCUCCAGCAGCAGUUGGAGUCGCCUCUGCAUCUGCCACCAUACCAUCAGCAGUAGCAGCAGUGUCGCCAGCAGCAGCAGCAGCAGCAGCAGCAGCAGUGUCGCCGCUAACGGUAAAGAGCGAAAUCGCCACAUCCGAUUCAGCAGCCGAGUCCGAGUCCUCCCCUAUACAAGAUUUAAUCAUGCGCGGAAGCGACGAACUUUUGAGUCAAGCAGCAGUCAUGGCGCCCGCGUCCGACAAUAAUAAUCAGGACCUGGCCACAAAGAAGGCCAAGCUGGAACCUAGCACCGUGCUGGCCGGCGGAAUUGCCAAGGCCUCGAAAGUCAUCCACUUGCGGAACAUUCCAAACGAGUCCGGUGAAUCGGAUGUGAUUGCCCUGGGCGUACCAUUUGGUCGCGUGACAAACGUCCUCGUGCUGAAGGGCAAGAACCAGGCGUUCAUCGAAAUGGCCGACGAGAUGGCUGCCACAUCGAUGGUGUCCUGCUACACAGUGAAUCCGCCACAAAUGCGUGGACGCAUGGUCUACGUACAGUUCUCCAAUCAUCGCGAACUCAAAACGGAUCAGAGUCAUAAUAACUCUGUGGGGCAGAGCGACUACCGCAUUCAGUCGCCGGCCGGCGGCUCUCCGCUGCCUCUGUGCGCGGCCAAUGCCACCAGCAACAAUGCCAACAACUCCGGCGACAGCAACAGCAGCGCCGUUGGAAUUUUGCAGAACAACACCAGUGCGGUGAACAGUGCCGGCAACAAUAGCAAUGCCGCCGGCGGACCCAACACGGUGCUCCGGGUGAUUGUCGAGUCGCUGAUGUACCCGGUAUCGCUGGACAUAUUGCAUCAGAUAUUCCAGCGGUACGGCAAGGUGCUGAAGAUUGUCACCUUCACCAAAAACAAUUCAUUCCAGGCCCUCAUCCAAUAUCCGGAUGCCAAUUCCGCCCAGCAUGCCAAGUCCCUGCUGGACGGGCAGAACAUCUACAAUGGGUGCUGCACGCUUCGCAUUGACAACAGCAAGCUGACGGCCCUGAAUGUGAAGUACAACAACGACAAGUCGCGCGACUUUACGAAUCCCGCGCUGCCACCGGGCGAGCCCGGCGUCGAUCUGAUGCCCACCGCUGGCGGACUGAUGAACACCAACGAUCUGCUAUUGAUUGCCGCCCGCCAGCGGCCCUCCCUAACAGGUGAUAAAAUAGUCAAUGGAUUGGGUGCUCCUGGUGUCCUGCCACCGUUUGCCCUGGGUCUGGGCACACAGCUCACCGGCGGCUACAGCAACGCCCUGCCCAAUCUGGCCGCCUUCUCGCUGGCCAACAGCGGGGCCCUGCAGUCCACGGCACCGGCCAUGCGCGGCUACUCGAAUGUAUUGCUCGUCUCGAAUUUAAAUGAGGAGAUGGUCACGCCUGAUGCUCUCUUUACCCUCUUUGGUGUAUACGGCGAUGUGCAACGUGUAAAGAUUUUGUACAACAAAAAGGACUCGGCACUCAUACAGAUGGCGGAGCCCCAGCAAGCAUACUUAGCCAUGUCUCACCUUGAUAAAUUACGUUUAUGGGGCAAGCCGAUACGUGUCAUGGCCAGCAAACAUCAGGCCGUGCAGCUGCCGAAGGAGGGACAGCCGGACGCGGGCCUGACACGUGACUACUCACAGAAUCCGUUGCAUCGCUUCAAGAAGCCCGGCAGCAAGAACUACCAGAACAUCUAUCCGCCAUCGGCGACACUGCAUUUAAGUAACAUUCCCUCAUCCUGCUCCGAGGAUGACAUCAAAGAAGCCUUCACCUCAAACACUUUCGAAGUCAAAGCAUUCAAAUUUUUCCCUAAGGACCGGAAGAUGGCACUGCUGCAGCUGUCGUCGGUGGAGGAGGCCGUCCUGGCACUAAUCAAAAUGCACAACCACCAGCUGUCCGAGUCCAACCAUUUGCGCGUGAGCUUCUCCAAGUCGAACAUCUAGAAUCCGAUUCGUGGUCAGGUUUACUGAACCUGACUGGGUGCCGGCAGCAGCUAUGUGCACCACCACCACCAGCUACAAGUCUAUUGGCAGCAACAGAUACAAUCUAUUAUUCGUAGUACAAGAAGGAUGCACGCACACUUCGACUGAGGAUUAAGCUCUCAGCAUAGAACCCAAACCAAUCCAGAACCCAUUCGAAUAUCAUCGCAAUCCAAACCAACCCAACCCAACCCAACCCAACCGAUAACCCAACCAGCGGCAACAAUCGAUGUAUGAGCUAUAACCACACAACAGGAAAAACAGAUGAAACUCUAAGCUAGGAUCUGUCCACGCUGUGUUCCGCACUCGUUACAAUCGAAGGGAACAGAGGGGAGGACAAACACCGAGAGUAAUCGUAACUAAAUUUCUAAAGAAAUUUCAAGCAGCAGCAAGAUGGCAGAGUGCUAAGCGUUAAAUAACUAAAGUAUAAACUGAAAUUAUAUAUGAGGAUUUAGCAUUUCAAAUUACGGCGCACGCAGACAAAGCAAACAACAAACAAACAACCCACUAAACAAUCAGCAACAUCGUAUCUUAAGCUUAACUUUAAACUAUAGCUAUUAAGUAAAUUGCAUUGCAUAACAAAAUAACAAAACAAAACAAAACACAAACAAAGAGGUUUAUCGAGAGAGUAGAGGAAAAGUAAAUUUAAAUGAAUGAGACAGUUGAUCGUAAAUUAGAGAUAUUUUUAGUGCACUGUACUGUGUUUUGGUUUUAAAAAACGGCAGAAAGUCAGAACGAAAAGAAAG